AGAAUUCUCUGCAGUGGCACGAACGCGGAAACGUCAACGUUCCUUGCGAUUUGCAAUCGUAAUUCGAUACGAGCCUUGGAAAGUGACCUUCGACGUAGAUCAUUCGGCGAAUCGUUCGACGCGAACAACCGUCUUGCAUCCGUAAACGUCGAACGUAAAACACGAACGUCAAAUCGAGCGCGAACCACGACAGUGGAUACCAACCUUAACGCGUUCGUUGGACGGAAAAAUUUCGAUCGCAAAAAUGCCAGCGAGAUUUACGAUUCGAAGAAACCGCGUCCUUACAACCGGAACCGAUGGUACGAUGAGUCGGCGAGGAGAAGAGGGAACGAAAAGGUACGCGAUGGCUUGCAGCGUGGUGGCGAGGAGCGAAGAGGUGUGCAAGGCGAGCCGAGUCGAGGCUAGACGAAACGAAAGAAGGCGAAAGGAUGCAUGGCUAGGUAACCGGCGAGACAGUGCAAGACAAAACACGGCGAGAAACGAGGCGGGGUAACGAUGCGAACGAAGAGAAGGCGAGGUCCGCGGCGUAGUCGAAGGAGCGAAAUGGAAUCGAGCCAGGAGCCAGGAGGCAGGAGCCAGGAGUCAGCAGAGUCGAGGAAACGAGCGAACGAGCGACGACGUGUGCGCGAUCGGUGGGAGCGGCUGUCGCCGCUUAACCGGAUGCUACCUGCAACUCGAGAAUACUAAACGAUCCUGCUGAUCGAUGUAUUUACCAGUGUGUAACGUCGCGAGACCCGGUACACCUGCGCGCGUAACCGUACAUCGGCUCUACCGUUUCGAUAAGAAGUGGAGAAAGAGAAAACCCUUUCGAGCUUUCCUCCUCGACGUCUUGGAGAAGCUUGCAAUAGAGAAGAGAUACGUAUACCCGUAUCGCUUGGAAAGCUUCACGAGGACAACAAUGUGACGCGGAUGCACCGAACGUUCCGUGAAAAUAUCGCGUUCCUCGGGCGUGGUGGGAAGAAGAGAAACGGAAACGAAGACGGUGCGGCGGGGCGAUUGAUAACACGCAUAUGUAGAUCACGGAUGAAAUUUAGAUCCGAAAGCAACGAGGAUGCAGCAGGGAAUCGUGCCAUUGUGCAUAUUCGUGGUGGUAAUCGGCCUGUUCGCCUCGUCGAAUUUAUCGACGGAUGCCGCGCCGCAACAGAGUUACUGGAAUCAAGUCGACGAGGAGGAUCCGGAAGCGUUGAUGGAGUUCAUAAAUCGACUCGGUCGCACCAUAAUGCUCAAUCCAGAAUUGGAAAAUAACAAACGUGGACUGGAUUUGGGUUUGAGCCGUGGAUUCAGCGGCUCCCAGGCGGCGAAGCAUUUGAUGGGAUUAGCGGCGGCUAAUUAUGCUGGAGGACCCGGUCGACGACGCCGUUCCGAACAACCCUAGAUCACUGGCAACGUUCACCCUUUUCUUCGAUUCUUCUAACAAUCUUCUCCUCUUCUUUUCUUUCCAUACUUUCAUCCACUUUUUCCCCGAGUAAGUACUCCGCUUUCGUUCAAUUCUUUCCUAUCGAGUCGUUGAAACGUUGCGUGAUAAUAAUUAAAAAAAUGGAUACGGAGUGUAAAGAGGACGAUUGAUAAAUUCAUCUAUGUAAAAUUGAUCGGCAAGGACUAUACGUUGAAACGUUGAAAUGUUCGAGCGUAAUUUAAAUGCAUUCGACGCUCUCGAGACGUAGGAAAUAGUCUACCUUACUUAUUAUUCACAAUUUUCUUUACGAUCGCAUCGAUCGUAUCUCAAGUAUAGUUUAAUUGCGUUGAGAAAAUGAUUCUCUAUAUAUAUAUAAAGCUGUACAACUAUAGGUCUCCGAUGCAUCAUAGUCACCAAUGCGAAUAUUGCAAAUAAAAAGGUUACAAAAACA